AUGUUCCGCAAGCCAAGAAAGUUUGCAUCCUUGGAAGAUGUCAAUAUGAUACAGCACCCGCAACAACACAGAGACGCAAUGGGGUCGCAUUCUUUACAGCAAGAAAUACAGCCUACAGACAAACCAUCAACUACACUUGUAUCACCAUCACAAACUGUUAAUACAGAGAAAACUAUGUCUCCACUACGAUUGAAACGUGAUAGGCCACUAAGCUCAUACACCGAUGACGAAAACGAAGACAACUUGAACUUUUUAGUUGAGGAUAAGGAAAACAUUAAUUUAACAGUCAAGCAGGGUAUUAAACCAUCGCUGUUUAUACCACACAGCAGCGUCAAUAAUAUUGAUGAUAAUGACCCUUAUCACCAUCUCACCAACAACCACCACCACCACCACCACAACAACAACAACAACAACAUAAGUACCAACUACCAAGACAAAUUAUUACUUCCCAACACGUCUUUGACCUCGCGCAGACGCUUUCUACAAAAAAAGUCGUCCAUUACAUCGUUAUCACUCGGGAAUGUGCAUAAUUCAAACAACCUUACCAAUACACCAUUGAGAUCACUCUCUUCUUCAGUACGACAAAAAACAAAACAACUCACUAGAUCAAUGACAGAGGUUGUUUCCAAAUCGUCACUGACAAUUUUUUCUAAUCUACACAUGGUUGCAAAGACCGUCGACUCAGGGAAUAAUACAAACAGCGAUACUGAUGAUGAUACUGAUAAUAAUAAUAAUAAUAAUAAUAAUAAUAAUAAUAAUAAUAGUGAAGAACAUAAUACGCUAGUAUUUGGGGAUAUAGACGAAGCAGAUGAAUAUGGAAUUUCAAAAGGAGAUGGAAACGAAUAUAGAAACGGAAACAAAAAUGACGAGGAAGUACAAGACGACGAAAAAGAAGCAGAACAAGAAGAAGAAGAAGAAGAAGAUGAAGAUGAUGAUGAAACCGAUUAUGAUGGGGAUGAUACUUUUGACACAAUCAAUAUAGCGUCUCCAAUUCAACGCAAACCCAGCCAACAAGCAUUACGUAUGAAAUCAACUUCAUCUUUCCACACACAACGACUACAAAACACAUCCAACUCACCAACCAGGAAUAAUCCUGCCAAAAUGGGUAUCCAGAAUCCAAGAACUAGCAUGAGACGAUUUCAUUCGGUAUGCCAAACACAACAAGAAAUUGAAAAUUUUAAACUCCAAGAGGAUAAUUCCCACCUCAAGAAUACCAACAUAAAAACAUUUACAAUUGAGUCAGAUGUUUUGCCUCGGAUCAACGGAGAGCAAAUGUACAAAAUACUUUCUGGGCAACAUUCGACAGAUUUUGACGAGUACAUUAUCAUUGAUUGUCGAUUUGAUUACGAAUAUGAGGGAGGCCAUUUAAUUAAUGCCAAGAACAUCUCAACUAAGGAGGCGCUAGAACAGAAAAUGUUUCCAAACGGAAACAAUUUUACAGUAUCAUCAAAAUUCACUUCUUCCGCUUCUCAAUCUUUUAAGAAAAAACAAUUGAUCAUAUUCCAUUGUGAAUUUUCCAUUUUUCGAGGCCCACUAAUGGCAAAGCACUUGCGUAAAUGCGAUCGCACAUUAAACCAAAACUCAUAUCCACUCUUAACUUACCCCGAUGUCGUUAUACUCGAGGGUGGCUACAAGUCGUUUUACACAAGAUACCAAGGUGAAUUUUGCGAACCGCGUAAUUAUGUCGAGAUGAAAGAUUUGGCAUAUGGAAAGAAGUGUGAAACGAGCAUGCACAAGGUGAGAAAGGAUAGCAAAUUUCUUACUCGGGCCAAAUCAUUUAAUCAAUUCAGUAUGGGCGAUAAUGGUCGUGGUCACAACUCUGCUGCUUCGUUCUCGCUAUUGUCCUCCUCGCUGGAAAUCUGGGGAGGCGGAAGCAACAGCAGAGUGGAUGGACAUCCCUCACAUGGAAGGUCGAAUUCAUAUUCGAAUUCGAAAAUCAUCAAGAGACAAAAAUCAUGGAAAGUGGGUGGUGCAAGUGCAAACACAAGUGCAAGUGCAAGUGCAAGUGCAAGUGCAAGUACUGGUGUUGGUACUGGUGUUGGUAAUGGUUCCAAUGUGUGUGGGAAUGGAAUUGGGAAACUGCUGUCACCAUUUACUUCUCAAUUUAAUAGCCGACUAGCACGAGCAAACACAUUUUCUUUUGACCAGCCAAUGUGCAGCACUAGCUCAAACCCAUUUGUCUCCUCGCCAAUGAGCUCUCCAAACAUGCCUAACUUUAGCUUGAGUUCUGAAUCACUAACACCACCCAAACCUUCAAAUGCACACAACUCUACCAGUGUGAACAGUCCUAAUGGUACAGACAAUUUUUCUAGCCUCAAUGCGCUUACUGCUUCUGCUAAUAGCACCUCGAGCCUCAAGUUUAACCCAUUUCAGCCGCCACAAACUUCAUUCCGCCAACAUUCAUCAACGUCGAUCUUUUCACAUCGCAAAUCUGUAUCAUCUACGGUAUCAGUCUCAUCUUCUUCUGCCGUAUCGCUUGUCUCGUCACCUGCAAUGUCGUCAUUGCAGUCAGGAUUUAACUCCGGUUACAACUCCGGAUACAAUUCAACAGAUAGCUUAGCUUUGGACAACGAUACACUGGAUAGUGACACGGCGCCUACUAACUUCACACACGAGAAUGAAUAUUUUGAGAGGGCAAAACCCAAUAGAGCAAAACAAUCCACCAAUAUCAAUAACCAUGGCUGCUCCAAUGGACUUUCCAAUGCAAGUGCUCCUAAUCCGUUGUCGUUAUCUUUGAAAGCAGGAAAAACAUCAAAUUUCCAAUUUCCCAAAAGGAGAUCCCAAUUAAGUCUUGCUCCAACAAACAUUACCAUGUCCAAUCUUCACUAUACAGCGCCACCACUAGUAUCGUCUCCGCUCACUUAUCAGGAUGAAUAUUCUAUGAAUCUCACUUUAAAUUCAAGUGGUGGGGUUGGAGCUAGUGGAAAUAUAGGGGAAGGAGCAUUUACUAUUAGAGGAGAAGGGAAAGCUCUAGGGGGCAUUAUCGACCCAAUCAAUGAGACACCAUUGGAUGUUGAUAUACCUGUACUCUGCGAAGAAAGUGAAGGUGAAAAGGAUGAAUGA